CAAGGGCUGGAUGACUUCCGAACCCUGGCGAAAUCGAAGGGGAGGGGCGGAGAUAGAGAGGAAGAUGCUCGGAGAGAGAGAGGAAGUGGCGCGGAUAGAGAGAGGAAGAGGUGCGGAGAGAGAGAGAGAGGAAGAGGCACGGAGAGAGAGAGAGGAAGAGGCGCGGAGAGAGAGAGGAAGAGGCGUGGAGAUAGAGAGGAAGAGGCGCGGAGAGAGAGGGAGGAAGAGGCGCGGAGAGAGAGAGAGAGGAAGAGGCGCGGAGAGAGAGAGAGAGGAAGAGUCGCGAAGAGAGAGAGAGAGGAAGAGGUGCGGAGAGAGAGAGAGGAAGAGGUGCAUAAACGAAGGGAAAGGAGAUAUCCCAGUGGAGACACUCGCACGAUUCGAGAAGGACGUGAAGCCAACCGACAUCGGGUUCCUAGCGAUAGCAACAGAGGUGGAAAACGAUGGGGAGAAUACCUUGGAACCUCCAGGAAAAACCAAGGAAUUACUGAAGGAGUUCCAAGACAUUCUUCAUGACGAUCUGCCGAACGAGCUACCGCCAUACCGAACACAUCAACACGAGAUCGUGGAGGAACCGGGUUCGAAGCCGACCUUCCGAGCACCAUAUCGACUCAGCCCCACUGAGCUGAUCGACAUGAAAAACAGAUCGAGUAUCUCCUUGCCAAAGGACUCAUCCGACCAUCGACUUCGCCAUACGGUGCCCCAGUGCUCUUCACACCGAAACCGGACGGAAGCUUGCGCAUGUGCAUCAAUUACCGGGCUCUUAACAAGCAGACCAUCAAGAAUAAAUAUCCGAUACCAUGAAUCGAUGACCUGUUUGACCAUCUUCGAGGAGCUACGGUAUUUUCCAAACUGGAUAUGCGGUCCGGAUACUGGCAGAUACGAAUGGCGGACAACUCUAUCCACAAAACUGCCUUCCGAACUCGGUAUGGAUCGUACGACCAAAAUGAACCACAUUCUACGACCACUUUUGGACGAGUGCAUGGUGGUGUACCUGGACGACAUCCUCAUCUACUCGCGCAACAUGAAGCAGCACGUCGAACACCUGCGACGCGUCUUCGAAAUUCUUCGACGAGAACGGCUCUACGUCAAACUGUCCAAGAGCGAAUUCGCCCUCAAGAAAGUCCAAUUUCUAGGACACAUGGUGAGCGCUCAAGAAGUUCACGUCGACCCGAAGAAGAUCGAAGCCGUACGUAUGUGGAAGACACCAGAAAACGUGAAGGACUUGCAGCAGUUCCUAGGCUUCGCUAAUUACUACAACAGGUUCGUGCCACAGUAUGCGAAACUCGCAGCACCACUCACGAAUUGCUGAAGAAAAACACGCCCUAAAAAUGGGAGC